UAAACUACAUGUCGGUCAGACGAAAAUCAACGAAUCUCCGGCAACAAUAAGAACAUGCACCUCUCUCUCAUCACAUGCGUUUAUUUCUGACACGGGUCAAAUGCUAGGGUUUUCUCUGUAAUUGUCAAGAAUGUAUGCUGCGUAUCAGCGCGAAUUACUAAUCGAUUAGAGGCUCCGGCUACCAUAACACAGAAAAUUAGUGGUUUUUGCUUCCAUGAGACACGAGCCUUUGGAUGCCUAUCAGAGCAUCUUGCAGCGAGUGUCCCAGUGUCUUGAGGUUGCUGUCUCUGAUCAAAGGUCGAUAUGUUGACUGGGAUUUUGCCUCUGGUAGAAAAUGUUUGCUGUUUCAAGGAAGGAUCAUCCACAUUUAAUCUUGAUUGUGUUGUUGAGACAUCAAGGUUGCCUUUAGAAGAAAAUGGUUGCAUUUUCAAGGAAGGAUCAUCCACCAUGGAUCCUAGCUGUGCUGGUGAAGAAUUAUCGGGCUCUUUGCUAUCAUGUGAGCCUUGUUCUGUUACUGAUAAAGACCCUUGUAAGAGCUUAGUUGCACCAGAUAUCUCGGGUACUGAGGUUCUUGUAGGCGCUCUUAACUCUAUCAGCAUAGUUGACUCUUCAGGAUUGAUUGGUGAUGAAGGAAAUGAUAAUGUUAAAUUUGAUGAUGUUCCUGUAGUUGAAUUUCCUGACACUUCAUGUCCAGUCUCAUCAGGGAGAAGUGCCCUCACAGCUAAAUCGAACCAGAAGACUCUGACAAGAAAUACUGCAAGAGAACGUGGUAAGACAAUUGUUGAGAAACCAUUGCUAGAUUCAGUUCUGUUGAGAGUGGCAAGAAAAAGAAGAAGCUAUCUUUGCAAACCAGCUCGUUCUUCUGUUUGGGGAUCAUGGGGAUAUAUAACUCAAGUUUUUGAGAAGAAUAGUGGCUAUGAUGUCAAUCAAAAUGGAAGAACAAAGUCACAAAAAGCAAGGGGUGUCGGAGGAAGUGGCAAGCGGAAAAAGAAUCAUUCACAAAGUUCAAGGGGAAAAAGCUGCACUUCUUCUGGUCAUAUUAGAUUGAAGGUGACAUUAGGCAGAGAGGUGAUUCGAAGUUGCCUGACAGAUAUGGUUUCUAAUACAGACAAUAGUCUUAGAAACUACCGGGGAACUAGUAUAGAAGUUCUUAAAUCAAAAGAGGGUAGUGAAAAUAAGAUCAAUGAGGAAGUGCCUGGGAUUAAUGGUUAUAAAUUCCGCAAUCAGGACCAGGAGAAGGUGAUGAUGUCAUCAGAUGCUACCCAUCUUGGUUUGUGCGUCUUAAAUAAGGCCUUGGAGAUCCCCAUGAUCGAUGAGAAGUCAACCGGAGUUAAUGCAGAUAAUCAUCAAACUCUUUCAUCUCAGGUUGUAGUUGACAACAGGUACUUGGAUUCAGGGACUUCACCUGAUUCAGAAGUCAUUAACCUGAUUCAAGAAGCCCAAGUUAAUGGAAAAGUUCAAGAAGACUUGUAUGAUGUUCUGAGUUCCUCCAAAGCUUGUGUCGCUCCAGGAGAUGUUACAGAUUUGGAGGUGUCACAGAUAAGCAGUAAGAAAGGAAAGAACAAGAAUAAAAACUUUCAUGUGGAUAAUUCCAGCGUGGAAGAUAGGUUGCCUUUACCAGAAAUCAUAAACAACGAAAUUGGAUUGGAAAUACAAGGACAUGAAGAGAAAAUGGGAGAUGUCUUUUACUCCAGUGAGCCUUCUAUUUCAACUAUCGUAGCAAACGUGUCUGGCAACACAUCAAGCAGUGAGGGAUUCUCUAGGGGACCAUUGUCUCCAUCAAGAGGUACUGACGGCAGAGUCCCAUUCGAGAAUUUUAAAGUUGAAGGUGGAGAAGAAGAUAUAUACUUCAGGCAUGGUUUGGGGAUCCAAUCAGUAGACUCAAAUAUUUGUGAUAAAUUACAUCUGGAUAGAAAAACUAAGGGCCGAAAGCAUUUUAAAACUUCCAAAUCCAUUAGAGCAAGCAAAACUGGUUCGGAAGCCUCUGAUUCACCCAGUGGCCAGACAGGAAAUGUUUGUAAACAGAAGGGAAACACAGUGAAAUCAGUCUGCAGGAGGAAAGGCAAAGACAAGGGUCCUUGUGGCGAGGUCACUUGCAAAGUGCAAAAUUACCCAGAAACAGGAGAUCACGCAUCAGCUGAUCCUGAAAAAGUUAAAACUGAGAAUGAAAGUACAACCAAGAACGUAUUUGACUUGGACACGGUGCCUAAAUGCAUAGGGGAGCAAAAUCUACCACCACAGAGUGCAUGGGUGUGUUGUGAUGCUUGCUUAAAGUGGAGGCGUAUACCAGCUACUCUUGCAGAUGUCAUUAACGAGACAAAUGGCAGAUGGAUCUGCCACGACAACAUGGAUAAAGGUUUUGCUGACUGCUCAAUUGCUCAAGAGAUGUCAAAUUCAGAAAUUAAUGCAGAGUUGCAAAUAUCAGAUGUCUCCUGCGGGGAAGAUGGUUCUGAUGCCCACUUGAAUUCCAACAGAUUGGAAUCAAAACAUUCAGCAGUUCACGCACGGUCCUCUUGGAUGCUAAUCAAGUCGAAUUUGUUUCUACAUCGUACCCGUAAAAGACAGACCAUUGAUGAGAUAAUGGUUUGCCACUGCAAGCCACCUCAAGAUGGAAAAAUGGGUUGUGCGGAUGGAUGCUUGAAUCGGAUGCUCAAUAUCGAAUGCGUCCGGGGAACUUGUCCAUGUGCGGACCUUUGUUCAAAUCAACAGUUUCAGAAACGCAAGUAUGCCAACUUGAACCGUGUACGAUGCGGGAAAAAAGGCUAUGGUCUAGAGACAAAAGAAGACAUACGUGAAGGACGAUUUCUUAUCGAAUAUGUUGGGGAGGUGCUUGAUAUGCAAGCUUAUGAGGCACGACAAAGAGAGUACGCUUCGAUGGGUCAUAAGCAUUUUUACUUCAUGACACUGAAUGGCAGCGAGGUAAUAGAUGCAUGCGCUAAAGGGAAUUUAGGGCGUUUCAUCAACCAUAGUUGUGAUCCAAAUUGCCGUACGGAAAAGUGGAUGGUGAAUGGAGAAGUUUGCAUUGGACUCUUUGCAUUAAGAGAUAUUAAGAAGGGUGAAGAAUUGACAUUUGACUAUAAUUAUGUCCGGGUGUUUGGAGCUGCUGCGAAAGAAUGUGUCUGUGGUUCGUCUCAGUGUCGGGGUUAUUUAGGUGGUGAUCCACAAAAUACUGAAGCAAUUGUUAAGGAUGAUUCUGAUGAAGAAUAUCCUGAGCCUGUAAUGUUUUAUGAAGAUGGUGAAAUUGAUGACAACUGGAAACAUUUAAUAUCUGCAGCCAGUUCCUUUGAUACUACUGAGAAAAUGGCCGACCAUAGCUUAGGAAACAAAGAUAAGAUGGGUAAGUCAGCAAUUGUUGGUGGACACGUGGAAAGUAUCAGAGAACUGCAAAUUGCAGGGUUAUCUGCAACUGCUGUUCAUCCCUUGGAGAUUACCGCAGGAAGUUCCUUGAUCAAAUCUGCAUCUGGUGCACAAUUGCAUGACUCUUUGGUAGUGGAUAACUCGGUGGAAGGGUUACUGCCUGUUCUACAAGAAGAAACUCGUUCACAGCUGGAUCAUAAGUCGAACAAGCCCAUAUCUGAAGCUCAGAAAGGGUUUGUUCAAGGAUUAGAGACUUCUCUGCAGUCUGUAGUGUCCAAACCAUUGUCUGAUGCAGUUAAUACUAAGAAAAAGUUCAAAUCCGACGCUGAAGAUACGCACGAGUCAAAAGCUCGUCCCCGCCUCAAAACCUCUCGCUCACCAUCUUCAGUUAAGAAGGGAAAAUCGUGUAGUAAUUCUUUGAAAAUUGACAAGUCUGGGUUGAUAGUAAACAAAUCUAAUGUGCUACCCUACAAAUCCAGAAAGAUAAUGGAAAGUUCCUUGAAUAAUCGUUUUGAAGCUGUUGAGGAGAAACUCAAUGAGCUGCUAGAUGCUGACGGGGGAAUUAGCAAGCGGAAAGAUGCCACGAAAGGCUACUUGAAGCUACUUCUUUUGACUGCAACUUCAGGUGAUAGUGGCAAUGGUGAAGCAAUUCAAAGCAAUCGAGAUCUUUCUAUGAUCCUUGAUGCGCUUUUGAAAACAAGAUCAAGGAUUGUAUUGUUUGAUAUAAUCAGUAAAAACGGUUUGCAGAUGUUACAUAACAUAAUGAAACGGUACAGAAGGAACUUCAAUAAGAUUCCAAUUCUUCGAAAGCUUCUAAAGGUUUUGGAGUAUCUAGCUGUGAGGGAGAUACUGACCUUGGAACACAUUAAUGGAGGUCCCCGCUGCCUUGGGGUGGAGAGCUUUAGGGAGUCAAUUUUGACGCUGACAGAACAUGACGACAAACAGGUCCAUCAAAUUGCAAGAAACUUCCGGGAUAGGUGGAUUCCUAGGCCUGUUAGAAAAAGCAGCUGCAUGGAUAGGAGUGAUGGCAGGGUGGAGUUUCUCCGGGAUUCAGAUGGCAAUAGAUACUCCCCAUCAUACAUAAAUGGACAUGAUAAAACUGGCAAUACUGAAGAAGCUAUUAAUAGCAUCAAGCAAUCAGUUAUUGCUCCGAAUUCAGAUGACAAUUGUACCCCAGAAGGCUGUUCUGCAUCUGGUACCAGUGGUUUCCCAACCAAUGGGACAAUAACUCGCAAACGUAAAAGCCGAUGGGAUGAGCCAGGAGAGAUAAGCUUUGAUUUAAUAUCUACUCAGCAGAAGGUACCCGAAACUCAGCCUAGUUUGCUACAAAAAUCACAUGCAGUCCCAAAAAAUGAGUUUGGGAUAAUCAGACAGGUCAAACUCAAGGUGGAAGAUAGGGAAGAUGAUAUCGGACAGAGCAUCGAUGAGGAUGUUCCGCCUGGAUUUUCGCCUGAUGAUAUGGGACAAAAGAUUGAUGAGGAUGUUCCUCCUGGAUUUUCAGUUCUAUCUAACGCUUCUUCAGUUGCUACUGAUAUCCACUGCGAAAAUGUCAUCCCUUCUGAGUUCCCUUGUGAAGUUGUUAUGGGUCAUCCUAAUGGAAGAUUCAACAACCGUUUGGCCACUUCUUAUGGGAUUCCGUUGCCAGUUGCUCAUCAAUUUGGGAUACCUCAAGCAGAAACUCUGGAGAGUUGGAUUGUUGCUCCGGGUAUGCCUUUCCAACCCUUCCCACCAUUACCCCCUUACCCUCAUGGCAAGAGGGUAUUGUCUCAACCUUGUGUCCGUAACCAAGUGACAGAGAAUAUGGGUGAACAGAUUUGUCACUUGGAUCAAAACACUACAAGCACUUCUGGUGGUGCAAGGAUACCAUUGGAUGUGCAAAUACAUGGAGCAAAAAAUCAACAUACUUUUCAACGAGGUAAUGGAAAGCAUAGUUUGGGAAGGAGGUACUUUAGGCAGAAAAAAUGGAACAACCCCCAAGUAGGGCCCCCAUGGAUCCAGAAAAGAAAUGGUUCUGGGUUCAUGGUAAACAACUCAAGAAAUGGGAUGUGCAGCAGUGUAGGUGUAGCGACAGUGGUAAAUGAAGUCAAUGGUCAGUCUAGUUCGGAAUAUGUCAACCCUGGAGUGCAAAAUUCUUCCCAUACUUUUCACCAAUAUCCACAACAGCAAACACAUCAUUGAUUUAUAACAAAAACCUUUGAGGAGCUCCUAAAAUUUCUCCAAUGCUCCCUGUAUGUACUUUCAAUUCUUUGUUACCUGGAUAUCAUAGACAAUUGAUAACUUUUUCCUAUUCUAACUGGCAUUACUAUUUUCAAAGUCUUAUAGCUGCAAUGGGCUCAUUUGGAGUUGGGAAACCUACACCGCAGUGCAUUGAGUUGUAUUAAUUGUUUGUGUCCCAAAUGAAAUAAAUCAGAAUUGGAAAAGCAUUGAUCAUCUCUUGGGGGCCUACAUGGAUAUGGUUUUGUUGGUGCGAAGAUCGCUGGAUGGCAUCGUUAGUGUUGAUGGGUUUGCCCGGUGACCUUGUGGGCAGCAGUUGUUUGGGUCGGAUCCGGAUCGGAUCGGAUUAAAUCCGUUAUCAAUCCGAAUCCGAACUUUAUUUUUUUUAAAAAUUUUAAUUUUUUUUAAAAAAAUAGUAAAAUUUUUAUUUUGAAAAAAAAAAUGUUUAAGAAGUUGUAUUUUUAUUUUUAUUUUUUAUUUUAAUUUUUUUAAUUUUUUUUUCUGAAAAUAAUUUUUUUUUGAAAAAAAAAAUUGUAUUUUUUUGAAAAAAAUAUUUUUUUUUGGCUAAAAUUUUUGAAGUAAAAAAAGUUUCCGGAUCGGAUUCGGAUUUUCGGAUCGGAUCCGGAUUUUUCGGAUUCGGAUCCGGAUUCUCACUAUCGGAUUUGAGUCUUAUCGGAUCCGGAUCGGAUUGUGUCUUAUCGGAUUCGGAUCCGGAUCUGUCGGAUCCGGAUCGGAUCCGGCCCAUUGACAGGCCUAGAUUAGCGGGCAGGUUGGGUAUCGAUUGUGAUGCAUUUUGUUUUAUUAUGAUGCCUUGUACUUUCUAUCAUCUUAACCUCUAGUUAAUAAAAUUUUCUUUGCUGUUUGAAAAAAGAAAAUGAAGAACUUAGCCAAUUGCUGCGAGGAUGUAAGCAACGACAAAUCAGUAGUGCCUCAUUAAGAAUGUUUGGAAACGAAAUGACAAAAAAAAUCACAAGUGUACUUCGAUUGGAGAUAUCAUUUGCCAACCAUCAUCAUCAUAUGAUUGAAAAAUCAAACUCGAUGUGUAAGAGACUAAUAACCAUUGAUACACAAUGCUUGUGUGCUACAAACAUAACACCAGAUACGUAAUAAGGCAACCGGUGGGUAAGAAUCUGGAUUCAAAACAAACUGACUAAUCAACAAACAGUAAGAUUACUAAGCAAUUAGAGGACAAAACAGUAAGAUUACUAAGCAACAAACAAGUUUGCGAUACCUUGUAAGAUCGUCGAGGAAAACACAUCUGAAGCAGAGUACUCAGCAUGCAUCUCAAUAGGAGUAUCAACAACAUUAUUAUCAAUGAGAUUAACACGAUGGAGAAUUAUACAUUCAUAUCUGGUCUAUACUAGUAAAAGAUAUCUCUAAGAAGAAGAAACAACUUCAAUGCCAAGAAAGUAACAAAUAUGAACCAAACCUUUAUUUCAAAUUCGCGAAACAGAUGUAGUUCACCUCACUAAUGGUAGCAGAAUAAAAAUAGUAAUGAUCUUAUUACUAAUCCGGUAGAAGUGCAACAAAUAAAAAGACAAGAAUCAUGAGCUUAAUCAAUGGGUAGAGAUAUUGAAACAAUGUGUUAAUACCAAGUAUGAUGAGAUUCUUUGAGGCAAAAAAAGCAGGACGAAGACAAUAAACUAGACCAGAGGGAUGAGACAAACGCAGAGGAGGUCAAUAUAAAACUUUGUAGAAAGAAACACGUCCAUAGCAUCCAUCUGAAAAUAGAGGUCAAGUGAUGCAUAACAACCUUAUAAAUCAAAGUGCCUAACACUGGUCAUCUUGGAAAUUGGAGCAAAAGUCUGCCCAUGAUCAAAUCCUGUAUUAUUUAAAAAAACUCUCGGCAGCUAACUUUGUAGCAAUCCAAAGCCUCAUCAAAAUGAGUUUUACUUUGUAAACAUCUUUGCAACCAACAAAUUUUUUACCAUCCAACAAUAGAAUCAACAUUCAAGUCUGAGUUUGGACAAGCUAUCAACUCAUCAUUUAUGGCUUUUAUCCAUUAAGGAUAAUUGCAAUCUUGUUCGUAUGACUUGUGAUAAGUGCCGAAAUAAAUUUUUUUUUUUAGGGUAAAUUAGCUUGAAAUUAAAAAAAGGAUAACUGAAUGUACAGCCUACAAGGGGCAUAUCCCAGGAGGAAAGAAAAAAGAAGAGUGAAAAAAAUUGCGAUAACCCAUGCACAACCCGCAUGGAGAAUAGGGUAGAAUAAAGUAAAUAACAAAAGUGCAGUGUGUUUUGUUAUCAUACCCUAUUGCACUAUCCAUCUAUGAGAAAAGAUAACACAAUGGGGUAUGAUAUGAAGUGAUGCGAGUGGUAAAUAAUAUGAAAUCUAAGAUAUAGAGUCAUGAUCGAAUAACGACCAGUUAAUGAACCAUCGCAACUCGGCAUCGAGGAGAGACUCAACAGCUACUACAGAGGAACUAGGCACCGAGAAGAGGCUUGAUCCGGAGAUGACAGCAUCCGAUAGGGGGCCCAACCCUACACACCACACCCAUUCCUUCCAAACUAACACACUCUCAUCCAAAUUCCCAAGGCUCGCCAGAAAACAAUCCGCCCUAAGCCAAAUACCAACUACCAGUAGUCUCCAGAGAUGGGAUAAGCAAACCAAGGUUCCAGAGCUCCAACCUAACUCAGAAGUGUCAAUCGUAGUACCCCCUUCUAAGGAACAAUUACUGCAGAGGAACUAGGCUUUGAGAAGAGGCUCCGACAAGGUUACCCCCGAAAGUACCCUGCACACCACGCCCAUUCCAUCCGGUCUACUAAACCCUCAGCCUAUUUUCCAAGUCUCACUAUAACCUAAAAGAGGGACAGUACAUGUGCCUCGAGUCUGAUUACCAUUAACAAUGCCGAACCACCUAAUCAUUUGGCAACCCAUCAUCUGAGCAUUACCUCUGAAUCACCUGGUCACAAACAGAAAGCACUAAAAACUGCAGAAGGAACCAUAAAUCAAUCCCUUUCAAUCAUUGCAUCACCACUAAUCAAGUAAGGACAGUCACGGUCAUAGUCACACUACACUCGAACCAACGGCCCAAUGAAGCAAAGAACUUGGAUUGUGAACUAGCCCUGCAUAUUUGCUAAUGCCUUAGCCCCAUAAUUGGGCAACCAAACAGCACCUGCUUUGUUCUUUUUUGGCAAAACCAAUCUACUGCAUUUACCCAAAUCCGGUGACACACCGGGGAGUCUAACUAGAACAAGGAUUAAUGAAAUAAAUCCAAAAGAUUAACCCGAUCUCAGUCUAAAUAGAUGACUGCCCAUUCGAGGUUCUCAAUAUGGAUCUACAUGUCUAAGGAAUGAUACCUGCCGUUAGGAGGUCCGACGAGUUAUAGACCUGCCACCUCAGGUUCCUCCGACCGACAACGAUUGAGAUGCCCUUGGAAGGUUGCCCCUACCGCCGAUCUGAGUUGAAACCCUCUGCACCCAUCAUCAAAGAAGAUGAAGCAGACUGAACCCUACUUGCCGGCAGCAAGUGAACUGAACUGAACCCACCGGCAUCUUGAUGUCUCUGGUAGGAGUUAGUAGAUCUGGCGAGGAAAGACCCUUCGCUGAAUCGUAGCCGUGGAAGGCAAAGCUCUGUUUCUAAAUCGAGGAACAAGUAUGAAACAGUGAACACGGUUCCUUGGAGUGGCCCUCCUCCGAUUUGAGUAUCCCAUAACCCAAUUAGGAGUUCGAGAGGCCGACUGGAAUUUGUUCCAAGGAAAAGAAC